AUGUCAAAUUCUAAGCAAAGACCUUAUGAGCAGGAAAACUAUCCUGCUUCACCUGAAAUAAUAUAUUAUGGUGACCGGAAAUUUAACUAUACUGUUAUUCAAGAAGGUGUCUACCCACCAGUUGCGCAAUUGAAGUUUACAGAAGCACCUAAUUAUUUUCCUGUUCCUGACAAUUAUAUUAUUGAAACUACCUGGGGCCGGUCUAAUAACUGUCAAACUAUUCAAUGUUCCAUAUAUUAUAUAGAAGGUAAUCCACAUUACUUAAUUUGUUUUGGAAAUAAUUUUCAGCACCAAGUUGUUUCAGUUCAAUCUACAUUUGAUGUUUCCGUUGAAUUACAUAAUAUAAUAACUUCAAAUAAGAAAACUGCAGUUUCUGGAGUUCAUCUCUAUGGACUUCAAUUAAAAUGUAUUGAUAAAAAUCGCAAAAGCAAACUAUGGGCAUUAAAACUACAUGAUGAAUCAAGUAAAACUACACAAAUCAGACAUGCUAAAGGUCUUGCAAAAU